AUGCCUUGGGGUAAGAAGAGUAAGCACCAGGCCCGUGGCAAACACCGCCAGGAACGAGAAGAGCCCGAGAAUCCAGUAGGUGCUCAGGCCACUGCAGCAGUGGGAGGAGAGUUUCGCUCUUCCUCCUCUCCUCGUUUCGAGAGCUUGUCUGCUGCUGGGUCAAACAGCAAUCCCCAGGGUCCUCAGAGAGCCCCAUCCACUGCCACUGCUGUAACAAGAUCGAAUGAAGGUGCCAACUACCGAGUGGAGGAAAGGCCAAGAUCCUCCCAGGUCGGGCCUGCCACUGAGCCCUUCCACAGAGGCCCUCUAGAUGAGAAGGUGAUUCUCUUGGUAUAUUACCUGCUGUACAAGUAUCAAAUGAAAGAGCCCAUUUCCAAAACAGAUAUGCUGAGAAAUGUAAUCCAAGUGUACAGGAAUCGCUUCCUUGAGAUCCUCAAGAGAGCUUCUGAGCACCUGGAGAUGGUCUUUGGCCUCGACGUGAAGGAAAUGGAUCCUCACCGGCACAUCUAUAUUCUUGUCAACAAACUCAACUUCAGCUACGAUGCAAUGCCAAGUGAUGACAGAGGGGUCCCCAAGACUGGCCUGUUGAUGACUAUUCUGGGUGUGAUCUUCACCAAGGGCAAUUGUGCCACUGAGGAGCAAGUCUGGCAAAUGUUGAAUGUGAUAGGGCUACAUAAGGGGAGGCAUCACUUCUUUUUUGGGGAGCCCAAGAAGCUUAUCACCAAAAAUUUCGUGAAAGAAAAGUACUUGGAGUACCGCCAGGUGCCCGGCAGUGAUCCUCCACGCUACGAGUUCCUGUGGGGUCCAAGAGCUUACGUUGAGACCACCAAGAUGAAAGUGCUGGAGUUUGUGGCCAAGAUCCAUGAUACCGUCCCCACUGCCUUCCCAUCCUGCUAUGAAGAGGCUGUACGAGAUGAGGAAGAGAGAGCACGGGCCAGAGCAGCAGCCAGGGCUCGUAUUGCUGCCACGGCCAGUGCACGUGCCAAGGCCAUGGCCAGUGCGCGCUCCAAGGCCAUUGCCAGCAGCUCCUCCCACACUAAGUGA